AUGGAUUUCGAAGAAGAUGAAACUAUCGACAAGAGUUGGUUGGAACUGCCAAGAAACCAUCUUUACUAUGAAGCGGGUGUCAAAAAUUUCAUGAAAUUUGCGUGUUGCGACUUAGAACUAGGGGAGGAAAUAUGGUGUCCGUGUAGAAAGUGCAAUAACAAAAACUUACUCAAACCAAGUAAGGUGGAGGCACAUAUAAUGUGGAAAGGGUUUCUGCAAGGAUAUGUCCAUUGGAUAUACCAUGGGGAGGGUGAGGAGGAGGACUAUAUGUCUACUGGUACUGUGAUUGGGGAUGAAGACGACCGAAUGAAGGAACUGAUAAAUGAGAUGGUGCCUGAUUAUGAUGAAGAUGCUCCAAAAGACGAAGCUUCAAAUUUUUACCAGGUCCUGGAAGAUGCAAAGGUUCCACUAUAUCCUGGUUGUGAAAAGUACUCACGGUUGUCCUUUACUAUACACUUGCUUCACAUCAAGUGCCAAGGUGGUCUGAGCAUCAAGUGGUUUAAUGUGCUACUGAAUCUCUUGAUCAAGGCAUUUCCAGAUGCCAAACUUCCAAGGAACUUUUACGAAGCUAGGAAAACAAUCAGUAACUUGGGUCAUAGCUACACUAAGAUCGAUGCUUGUCCUAAUGAUUGCAUGUUAUAUUGGAAAGAUGACGCAGAUAGAAAUGAUUGUCGGGUAUGUGGUGUUUCUAGAUGGAAAACCGUUUCAUCUAAUACUAAUAACGGGUCAGAAAAUAGAAGGACACCGAAAGGGAAGAAGAUUCCUGAAAAACAACAAAGGUACUUCAACUUGAAGCCCAGACUUCAAAAGUUAUUUAUGUCUCCACAGCCUGUUACUGAUAUGCGAUAUCAUGCUGAAGAACGUAUCAAUGAUGGACUUUUGAGACAUCCUGCUGAUGCGAAGACAUGGAAAACCUUUGAUAAGAGGCAUCCAACAUUUGCAGCUGACCCUAGGAAUGUGAGACUUGCAUUAGCAAGUGAUGGCAUGAAUCCUUACGGAAAUAUGAUGAAUCCGCAUAGUACAUGGCCAGUGGUCCUAAUCAUCUACAACUUACCACCAUGGGAGGUUAUGCAAGAGCAAAACUUCAUUUUGUCUAUGAUAAUUUCGGGACCCAAGUCACCGGGAAAUGAUAUCGAUGUAUAUUUACAACCCCUUAUAGAAGAAUUGAAGGAAUUAUGGUACGUUGGUGUUACCACUUACGAUGCUUCGAAGAAAGAGUAUUUUCAGUUACGCGCAGCAUUGCUUGGCACUAUUAAUGACUUUCCUGCACUAGCUAUGCUCUCCGGGUGGAGCACCAAGGGGUCCUUAGCAUGUCCGUGUUGUGGGUCCGACCCAUGUUCAACUCGACUGCGGUAUGGAGGUAAGUUUUGUUACAUGCAACAUCGUCGGUUCUUGCCUGCUGAUCACAAGUGGCGACAACAGACAACACCCUUCAACGGGGAAAAGGAGCUUAGAGAAAAACCACUUCUAAUGAAUGGGGAUGAGAUAAAUCAUCAGUUGGCACAUUUUGAGCAAGUAGAAUUUGGUAAGAAUGCCAAACAGAACGGUCUGACACCAACAGUACCGGUCGAUUUUGACCACAAUUGGAAAAAAAAAGUGUAUUUUUCGGGAAGAGUUGCCAUAUGUGAGCACAAUUUUGUGUUUCCAUAA